AUGCGUUCGCGCGCUUCUCCGUACAAAUUGGUUUUUGGAAAAUCAUGCCACCUCCCAUUCGAGCUGGAGCAUAAAGCAUUCUGGGCCGUCAAGAAGCUAAAUUUGGACCAUGCUACAGUAAGAGAUGUACGUCGCUUGCAAUUGUUAAAGCUGGAGGAGUUUCGAAGAGACGUAUACGAAAAUGACAACAUAUAUAAUGAAAAGAUAAAGCGAUGGCAUGAUGCGAGAAUCCAGCCAAGGCAGUUUGAAAAAAGACAGCAGGUACAAGAAAUUGAUUCAGAAAGAGAAUUUACAGUGAACGAGCAGAGGCUAAAGCAUUUCUAUGGCGAGAACAUGGGGGAUAAGGUUGAAAUCAGGCGUAGAGUGGCUUACAACAAAAGGUGGGCAGCAGUAAUGACGAAGUGA